AUGCUUCGUAUGGUACCACUACAUACCAUGCUAAAACCUGCUAUCUUGACGGUAAGACGACAGGAUGAGACCGGCUGGUUGCUGGACGGCGGCCUUCCAUCGAUCAACGGCCCCACCAACGAGAUCGUGAACUUCCCAUCUUCGUCCUCGGGGGCUGGGCAUGAGGCUGUGGUUUCAGGUUCGGCUGCUUCGUUCAAGAUCCUUGGUAAAAAUCUCGAAGCCCUGGUCCCGAGCAUGGUAUAUGCACCGUCAUCUAUCGAGCUUGCUCAAUCCGACAUGAUGGUGUUCCCGACCCUCGCCCAGAACGCCUCUCCCGUGUCAAUCCUGGCUAGCUUCAUCGAUGUCUGUGGUCGCAAGAUCGACCAGUCCGAAGAGAUGCUGGACCCGCUUCACGACCAGAUCAAGACCAUGGUGGAUGACAUGAAGAAUGCCUACAAGGCUUUGACAACGAAGCAAGCCGAGAGUGUUACCACGGCUCCCGACAAGCCGACCUUCAAUGACGAUGUUCUUCGGAUGUACGCCGACGUUACGAAGAAGGAUGUUGUUAUGAACAACUUCCUGCUACGCGCCAAGCCGAUGGUGAAGUCGGUCAAGCUGGGGAAGAAGCCUGCUGGAGGUACCAAGCCCAAGAAGGAGAAGAAGGACAAAAAGGACAAAAAAACCAAGAAGGAGAAGGGUUGUUUGGGUCAAGCAAAUGCACAUGUACAAGCCGACGGUGUGGAGGAUGACGACAUCUCCGACUUCGACGAUGACUUGGCGAAGGAGCUGUUUACUGGCAUAGAUGAUGCAGAGUUGAGACAGCUGGCCAAAUGUGGCCGGAGCAUGAAAAAUGAAUGUCGUGCCCUACACCGCCUGAUGCACCGCCAGGGCCGUACACUACCAGUUCGGGUUUCCCAAGUUUCAACGCCUGUGCGGAUUCCGGGCCAACGUGGAAAGGCCAAGGUCAACUUCCCGGUGCUGUUUCUUUCUUCCUGGUGUCAGCAGGUUUUCUCUGAUGAUGCAGCUGCUCAGGGGAAGAUGCUGUUGGGUGGGUUUUCACUUCAUGAAGAAGACAAGUACCGGCCGAUGUUUGCAGAAUUCUGGUCUAGAUUCCGGUUCUUCAGGCCCGACCUGGACCUUUACAAGCAAAGCUUCGAUCGAUCGUUAUGCUUGCCGGUAGCGCUUCACGGGGACGAGGGCCGGGGCAAGCUUCGUCGUCCGCUGAUGAUCAUUUCAUACCAGCCUCUGAUUAGCUACAAAGGCCCAGACUACACAAACCUGAGUGGGUCCCCGGUCUUAACUUGA